AUGCAUGUCACUGUUACGUGCUACAAACAGUUAAGUGUAAACAGACAAAAGACAGACGAGCCCCCUAUUUUUGUUGGGCCGCUGUUCAUACACGACAGCAGUGACUUCGAAACGUAUGUCAACUUCUUUGACCAUAUCCGAAAUAAGCUUGUCAAUGUAAGCCUGGACAGUUUAGUCAUAGGGACAGACGAUGAGAAAGCAAUGGUCAAGGCAAUAACUACCAGCUUCCCAAGUUCAACACAUGUACUCUGUACAGGACAUUUACGACAAAAUGCAAAGCAGAGGUUAGUCGACGACGCUGUGACCUUGGCCGACCGGAAUUAUAUUUUGAACAAGAUCUUUGGUCCGGAUGGCAUUGUUAGUGCGGAUGACAGUAUAUGUUACGACGAGAAAUGUGACGAACUCGGGCGUCAUUUAGCUACAGUAUCCAACAAGUUUCACAAAUACUUCGUCGACAGACUAGAGCCGAUCCUGAAAACAAAGGUCAACCAUCCCGUCAGACAUGACCUGAUUGGGGCGAACUGGACGAACAAUAACUGCGAAUCGAUCAACCACGUGUUAAAACAAUUGAUAGACUGGAAGUCAAAAUCUCUUACAGACCUGAUCGAUGCAAUACACAGACUCGUACGAGGUCAAUUUGCCGAACUCCGCAGUGCCAUAAUCGGCACGGGCGAGUUCCGACUUGCCCCGACUCAUGAAAAGUUCAAACUGACUAAAACAGACUGGGUUACUAUGACAUUAGAACAAAGGUCACGGCACUUUUCCAAGUACCGCAAUUACCUGUUCACGAACCCACGUCUACUGACGUCAACUAACGGACAGGUUACAAUUGUGGCCCCAAAGACCCUUGGUAGGAAACCCGGACAAAGAAGAAGGAAGGUGAAUGAGAGAACUACUACAUUGACAAAACGGACGAAGAAGGAUAGUUAA